CACAAUUACACAUUACAAUUACUGUAGUUAGUUCUUUUCAGAUUUUUGCACAUUGCGAAAAGUGUACACAUUCAUUUUUGGAGUUAACACUAUACAUUAGAUGUUAUGAAAUACCCUUAAAUAGUUAUGAAACUCAAUAUGGCAUGUAGUGCCCAACCGGGCCACAAGGAGUUCGUAAGGAAGGAAUCGGGAAUUCGGCCAACUGUAUUAUCAUCGAAACGCUUUGAGGGCAUCUUGUCCAGAUCGAGACAGGAUGAAAGACGAGAGGUGUUGGCUGCGGUCGAGGAGGAGCAACGGUAUAAGCAAUAUCUUAGGGAUGGCAGCGAUGCCCUUUGCGAGUGCUUCACAAAUGUUCACAAUCAUCAGGUAACAGACGAAGAUACACUUCAGAAAACCAGGGAUGAACAACUGAUCGAACGGACCAAAGAUCAACGGGCCAAACAAUUGUUGGAUGAGCAGCGCAAGGAAAGGAUUAUGCGUGCCAAUCAAAUCCUGCAUCUAAUGAAGCCAGGACCACGUGCCCUUCACCAUGCUCUGCAGCAGAGUGAAACCAUCAAGCAACGUAAAUAUAAUGAUGCCAUCAAUGCGGAAAUAGCACAGGAUGCACUGCGUCAGAGGCGCUUGGAAGAUCAACAGUGCCCGGAGGUCUUGAUACCAUUUGGUCAAAAUACUGAGGAGCAGGAGAAAGCUGAACAAAAGGAGAAAUCGCUUUCUAUGCGUGCAUAUUUCUUACAGGAUCUCGAAGAGAGACGUCAACGUAAGCUGGACGCCAGGGAACAAGAGAUUUACGAAUCAAUUGUUGAGCGAGAACAGUACAAGUGCCUACAGGAAAAAGAGGACAAGGCGGCCAAGGAGCUGGCGGUCAGCAAACGUGAGUUUUGCCGAAAUGCCUAUAAGGAUGCCCUCAAGGAAAAAGCGGAGAAAGCUAAAUUCGAGAAUAUAUGUGAACAAAUUGAUAAUCGCAUAAGAUGCGUUACUCAAGUAGCACAACGUAAUCUACAAGGUCGCUAUAGCAAACAAAUCUUGGAGAUGCGUGACAAUCAGAUACGAAAUCGGGAGUCCAAAGCCGCACAGCUUGGUCAGCUGCAGCAGGAGAAGAAGCUGCAGGAGGAGCAGAGACGAGCUGACAGAGAGGAAGUGUAUGAAGCAGAGGUUGAAGUGCAUGAGAUGGGCCGAAAAUGCCGACAAGAGGAACUAUCCAGGCAGCGGCGAGCCUAUGAGCUAGACGAGCGCAAACUUGAAGCGGAGAAGAAACAACGGAAUGCAGAAAUACGACGUUAUGAAAUUGCCACACGCUAUAGAAAUGCGGAGGCUAACAAACGAUUCUUUAAUGCCGAAAAGGAGCGACAGAUGAAAGUAACCAAGGACCUGCGUGAAGCUCUCUGCGGACAACGGCAACAGUUCCUGCAACAACAUAAGGAUGAGCUGUUGCGUACAGCGGCUUGCCAAGAUGAUCCGAAUUUGAAGGAUGAUUUGGCCUUUUUUGAGGAAGCAACCGGGGUAAUAAAGGAAUCCCAAGAGAUGGGACGACCAUUGUAUCCACUGGCCAAAGUUGUAAGCGAUUAUAAACGCGAUAACCAGGUCGGCAUAAUGCCGGAGCGUCAAAUGAUUCGUCGAAAUACAACCCGUGACACUUGCUGGCCAGGAUAUCUUUCCAAGGCGGACUUGGCCUACGAAAAGUACGAACAUCGGGAGAAAUGCCGCCAGGAAAAUGCAAAGCAACACAAUAAAAUAUUUGACGAUUGCCUCAAAAUUACAAAUAUGGCAUCUGCAGAGCGUCCUUUUAAGCCUUGCGUCCAGACUGGACUCACCAAGUGUCUACGGUACAAAGAUAUGCCCACCCUGGAGAGCGUCAAGUCCUUUGAAAUUCAAAAUCAAACUAAUACUCAAUCAGCAGAGAAUCCCGACAUUAAGAGUGUCGAUUUCAUUGAAAUUCCAAGGGAUACUAAAACUCAACCUCAAGAUAUAGAAUCAACACUGUCGACUACAUCUAAGAGAGGCUUAGGAGGCUCUGAUCACUUGCCAGAACUUAAACGCGAUGGUAUUUCGAGAUCUCUUAUUGGUGUGGUUUCUACAAAGCACAAAAGAUCCUCUAGAUUUGCUGAUGCAAAAAACAAAGAUUCAACAACGAAGAAUCAUUUCAACAUGGAGAAUCUUGAUACCUUUGAAACUCCAAAUGAAACAGAAAAGAACAUAGAUCCAACUACGCUUAAAAAGAAAGAAUCAACACUAUCUACUGCUUUUAAAACAGGCUCAAAAAAUCUAGAUCUCUUACCAGGUUAUAAGCGAGAUGGCAUUUCAAGAUCUUUUAUUGGUGUAGCUUCUACAAAGCAAAAAUCAGUUGAUUCCAGAAGAGGAUCAGGUGAUGCAGAUAUCUUUUCAAGAUCAUCAGCAGGUCCAAAGCGAUCCACAAUGUUACCUAAUGUAACAAACAACCUAACCUCAAAAAAACAUGGUUUUCGGAACGAAUCAACAGGAUCAUAUCGUUCAGGAAGAGGAUCGGGAAGUGCUGUUAUCCAAAGAUCUUCUACUAACCUUAAGCGAUUAACAAAGUUGCCUGAUCUUAAACUAUAUUUUAGUUCAAAACCACAGACUCUUCGCAAGGAAUCAGCUCGAUCAGCAGGAUCUAGAAGAGGAUCAGGAGGUGCAGAUCCGAAGCGAUCGCCGAAAUUGCCCGAUUUAAAUCGCUAUUUAACCUCGAAACCACAUUUUCUUCACAAGACCUUGAAACGAUCCGCUCUUCCUAAAAAAAGCUAUGGAGUUGCAGAUCUUUUGGCACCUGACAUUGGUUCUGAUAGAGUCUCCACAGGUCAAAAGCGAGCCCAAAAGUUGCCAGAUUUAACACAAUAUUGGACCCCAAAGCUAUUAGCUCUACAAAAUACCGACGCAAACCAGGGACAAACUAACGUUCUGCGCUCACAGGAUAGCGAUCGACGAGCUAAUAAAUCAAACACGAAAUUCACAUGGAAAGCAGUCUGAUUAAAACACUCGUUUGUGGCCAUUUACAAAUUCUUGGUACAAAUGCAGAUCUUGCAGAUAUUUUUGUUUGUGCCAAUGUCACUUAAGCAAAGUAAAGAUGGAUUCAAACCACA